UCACUCACGAGACAACACUAGUUGAGACGUUGCUCAGGCUUCAAGAUGGCGGAAGCCCUGACAGCUCAGGAGCUCCUGGCUGUGGAGGAGUUCCUGAGUGAGGUGCGUUGCAAAGAGCAGCUCCAAUGCGCCGGGCUCGUCUCCCAACCCACAGCUGUUAAGUUUCUUAUGGCCCGCAAGUUUGACGUGUCCCGAGCUGUCGACCUCCUCCAAGCAUACAAGAACACGAGAAUCAAAGAGGGGAUCAUCAAUAUAAACCCUAACGAGGAGCCACUCCGUUCUGAGCUGCUCAGUGGCAAAUUCACCGUCCUGCCUGGACGCGACGCAAAUGGUGCUGCACUUGCGCUCUUCACAGCUCGCCUGCAUCGGCGAGACGUGUCCACGCACAAAGCUGUGCUGCAGGUCAUCAUUUAUCAGCUGGAUAAAGCCAUCGACAGUGUUCAAACCCAGAGAGACGGACUUGUAUUUAUAUAUGACAUGACCAACUCCACUUAUGGGGAUUUUGACUAUGAGCUCUGUGUUAAGAUCCUCAAUUUGCUCAAGGGGGCGUUUCCGGCUCGUUUAAAGUGCGUCUUCAUCGUUUCCUCGCCUCUUUGGUUUCGAGCACCUUUUGCGGUUCUACGCCUCUUCGUGCGUGAGAAGCUGAGAGAACGGGUGUGUACUGUGAAGGCUCACGAACUGGCCAGUCACAUCCCAGUCUCCUCCCUCCCUGAGCACCUAGGCGGGACAUCCCAGUAUAACCACGUGGCCUGGAUCCAGUCCUGCAUCAACGCAAACAUUAUGGAGGGUGACACACAAGUACAUGACACGCACGACUGCGUGGGAAGCCUGCUGCGCUCUUAUAGUCUUGAGAGCGGGGAACCGAGUGUUGACGCAACGCUGACCCAUGGCUAUUUGAGUACCCAGGUGGGCUCUGAGCUCGCUGCGGCUAAUGCUAACUUCUAUGACGAUAGCAACGCGAACCCGCACAACCACUGUGGUGGGGAUGAGGGCAGGACUUUGGACAAUCCCCAGCUGAGCCCGCCUUCUGCUGCAAAUAGGCUACAGGGGAACCACCAGCACUGGAACGGCUCAGCUGGGAGCGGAGACAAGUCCGCCGUUAGUGGCUUGAAGCCCAAUUCGAACAUGAAUGGUCGUGGACGGCAAGCACCCCCCCAGUCGGAGACACCACCUGACACGCCACUCUCUUGCAAAGGCGAUGCAGAUGUAGUGGAUGGCCGAAUAGACUCAGAUCACGGACGUCGGGGUGAGCAUAUACAAGAAGUGGAUGAGGAGGGUGAGGAAGAGGAGGGCGUUCCACCGUUGCCUCAGAAAUCUUUGCCUCGAGCGCCCCACCAGCCCGCCUCCCAGACAUCACUCUUGCCCUCGUCGUGGGGUCCCGAUGACGAGGACUGCCGCAUGGAGGAGUCCGUUCACACGCCAGAUCGGGGAGGUAUGGGGAUGCACGAGUUGGUUGAUCAUGUGAAGAGGAAGAAGAAGAAAGGGAUCUAUCAGGAAUAUGAGGAGAUUCGCAAGGAGCCACCAGCAGGCACCUUUGACUACUCCAAGAAACUCUCCAAUCAGCUCAAGAACCGGUACAGCGAUGUUCUGUGUCUGGACCAGUCCAGGGUCCGACUCUGCCAGCUCUGUGAUGACGAGGACGAGGUAAUGACUUCGGAUUACAUUAAUGCGAGUUUCAUGGAUGGCUACAAGAGGAAAAACACAUAUAUUGCUACUCAGGGUCCUUUGCCAAAAACAUUUGGGGACUUUUGGCGCAUGGUGUGGGAGCAGAUGGUACUUAUCAUCGUCAUGACAACGAGAGUGGUGGAGCGAGGGCGUGUCAAGUGCGGUCAGUAUUGGCCACUGGAGGAAGGCAGAACAGAGCAACACGUUUGUUUCCAGGUCACCAACACCCACAUCCAGGUCUUCCAGGACUUCAAACUCUCACAUCUGGAACUCUAUAAUACUCAGUCUGGGGAGAGACGGGAUGUUUGCCACUACCUCUACGUCAGCUGGCCGGACUUCGGAGUGCCCAAGAGUGCAUCGGCCAUGUUGGACUUUCGCGAGCAUGUACUUCGGAGACGGGAUGUCGCAGUCCAGAGUCUAGGCUCCAGUUGGAAGGGGCCUCCAGGGGGCCCUCCUGUGGUGGUGCACUGCAGUGCGGGCAUCGGGCGGACAGGCACCUUCUGCACACUGGACAUCUGCCUGUCCCAGCUGGAGGACAUUGGCACAGUAGACGUCCACCAGACUGUGCGACGCAUGCGUACGCAGAGGGCUUUCAGCAUCCAGACCUGGGACCAGUACUACUUCUGCUACACCGCCAUCAUCGAAUACGCUAUGCGCCGCGGCAAGCUGAGCCCGGUGCAGUGGUCCGACUCGGACAUAGAGACCGACAGCGAGUGAACGACGCAAAGGGGCAGGAAGUCGACCGAAGCCGAUGUCAGCUGGGACUAGAAAGAUGGGGGCGACGUCUCCACUGCCGUGACAGAGAGAGGUGGAGGUCUUUGUUUGGCUCUUGAUGUAAUGACGCUCCAAUCCGUGUUGGUCCCUCGUGUGAACAGACACGCAGGGAGACCUGAAGCGCUUUCCAGGAAAACGUGUGGAGUGUCCUGCCAAUUUCUGAGCAAAUGGCAGGGGAACUCUGCCUGCCCUGCACUUGUCCUCUUGACAAGAACCUUGUAGCAUUUUUCUAUUGACUUGCACAUGAGGCAUGGCAAACUUGAACCCACCCAAACCUUUACAUCCUUUUCGCCCUCAAACCGAUCUGCCAUUGUCUUUUUCACAGGGGAUGCUUUUGAGUGACAUAACUGUGUGAGCCAUUACAGAAUUUUAUUUGUUUUUAGUUUUUGUUUUGUUUUGUCCUAUGAUGUUUUAUGGUGCAUUUUCUACAUGUUUCAUAUUGUGUGCAUAUGUAGACUAACUUUCCAAAGCCAAAGUCAUCACCCCAAAUGCUCGGAUGUAUUCCUUACAAAGAUAUUAACGACUGAAAGCAUGUAUAUUCUUGUAACAUACAGCUACAUGUAUACAUCGUUGUGCAUAACCUCUUGAAAAAGUGCAAAAACGCCGCUUUUUGACAAAAUGGUUUUAAAGCUGGAGAGUUAUAUAGUUAGCCAGGCAAAAAAAAAAAAAAAACGAAUUGUACUUAAAAUGAUGUCAUGGCAAGUCUGACAUUUUUACUCUUCUUGAAUUAGACUAUUUUAAAAACAAUUGACUUAAAACUCCACUUUGAACUGAUUCAUCUUCCCUUAUUCUGUAACCCUUUCCAGUAUCACUCCUUCCUCUUGAGACAUAUUCUGCCUCAGGUAUUGGUGCCUUCAGGUUGUUCUUUUUGUUUAAUGUCACAGUGCAGCAGAUAAAGGAAUAAUGACAGCCAAGCUUGUGCACUUGCAUAGGUCCACGACACACUUUUUUUUGCCUUUAGUGCUGCCACUUAGGAAUAAUAUGAAAGACACGAGUGGACAAAGUUCUGGUUCAUCUUAUCAUUUAACCUCAGGGGCAAUUUUGUUGUUGUUUUGGUUUCUUUUAAGAUCCAUUACUAUGUUUUGCAUCUAAAUUAUCAUACAAACUAUAUCUGUAUUUUGUAUUUUCACUGUAUUUUAUUCUGCUAUAUUUGUCUUUGUAAAAAAAAAAAAAAUUACAGGUUCAAAAUCAUUGAAUGUUGGUUGCUAUGACACCACAACGGAAUCAUGCGAUAAGCCGAACAAAUCAGAUGGGAUUUGAACUAUAUAUAUUUUUGUUGUUGUUUAAUAAUGGUGUGUAUUGGAAAAGACCCUACCAUGGUAUUUUCAAAACUGACUGCGAUUGUUCAAUUUCUUUUGGGCGUAUAUUUUUAGAAGGAGGGUUGCUUGACAAUAUAUUAAAGCGGUAAUGGAACAAAAAGAUGAGAUACUGCUGUGUGUUUGGAACUUGAUUGAUUUGUUAGCAUGAACACAAGAGUCGUGAAUGUUUUAAGGGGUUGCUCGUUCAUUCAUGUUGAUGUAUUCUGACCCCUCAAUGCCAAAGGUCAAGGCUCACCUUUUAACAUAUCCUCAGCACGGACCACGCAACGCAGUCCAUAUCCACACGCAGAGUCUCAGGAGCACAUCGAAUGACAAAUGUCAUUCUAGAGCUAGAAAGUGCAAGUGUGUGUCUGGGUUCUCCAUGUUUUUAGAUUGUCAUACGAGGUGUGCAUGAAUACAAGAUCAUGUGUCAUCCUUGUUUUACUGUUCCCGUGUAAAUCUUGUGAUUGAAUGUUAGCCUUCUUACACCCUACGUCUGACUGGCCCAUUAAAGCAAUCUUAUCAC